UUUUGCUGUUGCCGUCGUUGCUUGUCCCGUCAUCGGUCGGAGUCGUGUUAGUUCGGUGCGGUGUUUUUUUUUCUCCUGGUCGCAGCUGGUCCCGAAUUGGAAUUCUUGCUACAUACAAAAAACCACCAUUUUCACUGUGAUCUUUGGUCGGCAAAUAGCAUUUGUGAAUGUACAAUACAUAGUAUAGAUGAUAGAAAAAGUCAAAUACGCAUACGCAAUUCAAACCCAAAAUCAUACUCAAAACUCACACACAGAUACAGGCAUUACAUACAGAUAUAUAGUGCUCCUUUUACUUUACCUAUGUGAAUUGAAAAUUGCGAAUGCAUCGUACGACGGUUAAAGUAAAAAAGAUACAAAUAGAAAAAAUUCUAAGCGGUGAAGCCGAAGAAAAAUCUGUUUAGUGUGUGAAGUGAAGAGGAAGUAGUGGUGACCUGUGCGCGUGUAGUUGUGUGCUUUCUACGUGCGUGUUUCGUCUGUUAUUUCUGUGUGUGUGUGUUUCCCUCCCCCAUUUUGCAGGCGCAAGUGUGAAGAGCAUAGCAGUAUUUGUAUCUCGCAAUGGGUAAACAAAAAAUCUACUGUGCAAAAUGCACAAAAAAAUGCUCCGGCGAGGUGCUCCGUGUGGCUGACAAUCAUUUCCACAAGGCUUGCUUUCAGUGCUGCCAAUGCAAAAAGUCAUUGGCCACUGGCGGAUUCUUUACAAAAGACAGCGCCUACUAUUGCAUACCGGACUAUCAGCGUUUGUACGGCACAAAGUGCGCCACUUGCCAGCAGUAUGUGGAGGGCGAGGUGGUCAGCACAAUGGGCAAGACCUAUCAUCAGAAGUGCUUUACGUGCUCCAAGUGUUCGCAGCCCUUUAAAUCGGGCAGCAAGGUGACCAAUACAGGCAAAGAGGUGCUCUGUGAGCAAUGCGUUUCAGGAGUGCCGCCCACUGCCGCAUCGCCAUCCCGGCAAGCGGCCGUCACUUCGCCAGCGCCGCCAGCAGAGAGUCCCACACGAGCCACAGCCCAUCAGCAGCUGACGAGUGGUGUGAUUUCCCAUAAGGCUCAUCUCAAAGAGCACUACGAUCCCAAUGACUGUGCUGGCUGUGGGGAACUGCUAAAAGAGGGCCAGGCACUGGUGGCUCUCGACAGGCAGUGGCAUGUCUCGUGUUUCCGUUGCAAAGCCUGCCAGGCCGUACUCAAUGGCGAGUACAUGGGCAAGGAUGGCGUCCCAUAUUGCGAGAAAUGCUAUCAAAAGAGUUUCGGUGUCAAGUGCGCCUAUUGCAAUCGAUUCAUUAGCGGCAAAGUGCUCCAGGCCGGUGAUAAUCAUCACUUCCAUCCAACCUGUGCCCGCUGCACCAAGUGCGGCGAUCCCUUUGGCGAUGGCGAGGAAAUGUACCUGCAAGGCAGCGCUAUUUGGCAUCCGCGCUGUGGUCCUGGACCCUCCGAAUCUGGCAUCAUAUUGAACGGUGGCAACACAUCAGUAGCUGGUGGCGCCUCCAAUGGCAAUUUCACAGACACCGAAUGCGAUCGCAUGAGCUCCAGUGCAAUGAGUGAUAUGUACAUCCGUUCGAGAACUCCGAGUUUUAAUGGUUCACUUUAUUCCCCUAGCCGCAAGCAUUAUCGUACGGUUAGUCCUGGCCUGAUAUUACGUGAAUAUGGCAGACCAAUUGGCGAGGAUAUCUCACGUAUCUAUACAUACAGUUAUCUAACCGAUGCGCCGCAUUAUCUACGGAAACCGAUCGAUCCGUAUGACAAGACGGCAUUAUCGCCCCAUUUCCAUAGGCCAUCCUCCUAUGCCACCACUGCCAGUAAUGCCGGCUCUGUGGCGGGCAGUCGGCCGCCAUCGCGUCCUCAUUCACGGACACGUAGUGCCAUGAAGGUGCUAGUCGAUGCCAUUCGCUCGGAAACCCCACGUCCCAAGAGUCCGGGCAUGAACAACGAAGAACCCAUUGAAUUGUCGCAUUAUCCGGCUGCCAAGAAACCGCCACCAGGCGAGCAGCCCAAAAUCGAAAGGGAUGACUUCCCAGCACCUCCAUAUCCAUACACGGAUCCAGAACGGAGGCGACGCUAUAGCGAAUCCUACCACGGUGUGCCCGUCUCCGAUGAUGAUGAUGAGAACAAUGGCGAUCAAGCCAAUGGCAAGGUCAAGAAUGGCGAUGAGCAAAUACGCCUUAAACGAGAGGCCGAGCAGCUGGAGAAACUAAACUCGGGCAUCGGUUCGGCAAUUGCCAAGGAUCUUAAAGAGCAUGCCAAGUACAGAAAAUGGAAGCAAAACAAUUUGGAUCCACGUAAUGCAUCGCGUACGCCUUCUGCCUCCAAGGAACCGCUAUACAAAUUAAGAUACGAAUCACCUAUUGGAGCAUCGCCAUCCCGACAUCUGGACCAUCAGAAGCCAUUCUAUGAGGAUGAAAUGUUUGAUCGCUCUACAAGCUAUCGUGGCUCCCUUGGCAAAUCACUGGGCAAUGCUCCCAGUUAUAAUGCCAUACAUUCCUAUCGCUCGCCGCCCAAGCCCGGAUACGGAUUCAAAACGACAACUCUGCCCUAUAUACGCAACGGCUACAGCUCAGAUUUCUCAUAUGGAGGUGGUCUGGGCGACAAAACACACAGCACAGAUUUAAGUUGCGGCAAAUCGGAGGCUUCAGUGGAUUCUAUUACCGAUGGCGAUAGACGCGCCCUAAUGGGAAAUGGCACAGAUUUGCAUGCCUCAAGCACAUACUCAGGAGCCUUGUCCUAUCAUUAUCCCCAGGCUGGACUUAUAAGACGCAGCUUGCCCAAUAUGGCACAUUCAAUGCUGGUCCAUGAGCCAGCCAAAAUCUAUCCCUAUCACUUACUGCUUAUCACAAACUAUCGCCUACCCUCGGAUGUUGAUCGCUGUAAUCUAGAGCGUCAUUUAUCGGAUAUUGAGUUUGAACACAUAUUGCAGUGUGGCAGAUCGGAAUUCUAUAGAUUGCCUCAAUGGAGACGCAAUGAGCUGAAGCGGCGGAUGAAACUCUUCUAAGAUUGAUUGAGUGUGUCCUAACCAACAGUUAGUGGAGGCUGCUUGCGACGAAACCAAAUGAAUACAAUUUACCUUAAAAAAAACAAAAAAAGAAAACAAUAAAAACAAAACAACAAAAAAAAGAGGAGAAUGGAAAGGUCAAAACAAAAAGAUAGAUGGAACUGCUAAGCUAAAUUCACAGCCACAGCCAGUUUUCAAACACGCUUUAAAAUAGUUGAGAGAAAAAAAAAACAAAAUGAAAACCAACUAAAACUAAAUUUAAAUACAAAUACAUAGUUACAUUUACAGUGCGGAGCGCGGAUGGGCGAGAGAUGGUGCCGCUGGGUCCAGCUCCAGUUUAUUUUUUUAAGAAUUAGUUGCGCUAAAGCAAACAAAUUGUAACUGAACACUAUUUAAAAAAAAAAAUACAAACAAUUACAAGCAAACAAUGCAGAAGAAACAAAAGGGCAGUUCCCAAUAAUAAUAAUUAUAAAACAACAACAACAAAUAAUGUAUACAAAUUUCAAUUAGUUAAACAAUGCAUGAUUGCUUUUUUUAUAUAUGCAUAAAACAUAUAUUAUAUACACCCACACACGAUUGAUCAUAAAAUAUAUAUUUACUUUAUAUACCUUUAUUUUCUUUCCGGAAUUGAAAUGAACAGAAAUGAAACAAAAUCCAAUAAACAAGUUAGCAAAAGUCAACAGAAUGAGGAACAGGCAAAAGUUUAUAAUAUUCGGCAUUAAAAACAAAAUAGCAAAACGCUAAACAAUUACGCAAAUUUUAUUUAUUACUAAAUAUAUUUUAUUUAUUUAUUUAAAUAGAAUAUGUCAAAGAAUAAUAAAGAUGAAUAAAUAUCCACAUGGAUUAAA